AGGCUCAGUCAGUGAGUGUGUACACGUCUCGCACGCUGUGGUGUUGCGUAGUUGAGCUCUACGUCGUCUGAUUUUUCCUCGGGAAUCGUCCUAAUUAACCGCGUCGCUUGAUCCCUGGGAUAACAGGCGUUUGAUCACUAGCUUGAGGGAGACGAAAUUGCCAGGAAAGUAGGGUGUUUGGGGGCUGAUCCCUUCGCGGGUUGCACGUUGAUACCGCCGCCGGGGAUGUUCGCUACCGGGCGUACGGCUUACCGAGGGUAAGAAUGGUGGGGAGGCAGUGGUGUGCUUCAAGAGAGCGGUUCCUGACGAUUUUUGUUGUACUGGUGGCGUCAACGUUGGAAACGUGCAAAGCUGUGUCCUGUAAGCCCGGCUGCCACGAUAUCUGGGGGUACUGCGAGCAAGACGGGGAGUGUCUCUGCCAGCCGGGAUGGACAGGAGAGCUGUGUCAGGAGUGUGACCUGUUCCCAGGGUGUCAGCACGGCACGUGUCACCAGCCCUGGCAGUGUAACUGUGAGGAAGGCUGGACCGGACGCUUCUGUGAGAAAGAGCUCGACCCGUGUGACAAGAAGCACCCCUGUCAGAAUAAUGGGACCUGUCUAGACAGAGAGGACGGCGGUUACGUCUGUCUAUGCCCCCGGGGGUACAACGGGGUCGACUGCGAAGUCAGGGUCACCGACUGCUCGGCCUAUGCCUGUCUGAACGGCGGAAGUUGCAUUCUGACGCCGGCGGGGUUCCGAUGCCUGUGCCCCUACGGUUACACCGGGUCCCGAUGUGAAUCGACUUUCGAGAUCAAAGAGUGCGAAGAGGGUCCCUGUGAAAAUGGCGGCACAUGUGACGACACGUCAGACGGCUUCAAAUGCCGUUGCAUGCCGGGAUUCACCGGACCGAGAUGCGAAUCGCUAGUCAACGAAUGCCUCUCAAACCCUUGUCGGAAUGGUGGCCAUUGCCUGGACAGUAUCAAUGCCUUCAUCUGCCGCUGUCCGCCUGGGUUUGUCGGGGACCGGUGCGAGGUUGACGUGGAUGACUGCCUGACCCGCCCCUGUCUGAACGGCGCCACGUGCUCCGACAUGAUCAACGACUUUAGCUGCACCUGCUCGCAAGGCUACACGGGAAAACACUGCCACAUCAACAUCGACGACUGCGCGAACCAGCCCUGCCAAAAUGGCGGCAGCUGCCAAGAUGGCGUCAACGAGUUCGUCUGCACAUGCGCGUCUGGCUAUGGUGGCGACCUGUGUGAGUCCGCAGACAGCGUUCUAACACCCAAACCCAUACAAACAGGGAGAACAGUCGUUAAGGCGCAGAACACGACGGAGAAAAUGCUGCUGGUACACAUCUACGAGAAGGAAAAGACAGUGGAGGUGUCCCAGCGUGCACUGAAAGUGGUGAAAUUGAUAUCGUACUGCGUCUUGGGACUGACGAUCCCGUGCGUUGGCUUUAUGGUGGUUAUCUUGGUCAGGAGAGGGAGGAAUGGUUCGAUACAGCGGAGGGCUGAUGACGUCAACAACCUGAACAGAGACAUCGAGGCGCGCAUGCUCGUAGAGGAACCACAGUCUCCAGAGAAUAGACCACAACCUGCGAAGGAGAUAAACGUUACAAGAGACUCCCUGCUGAUUUAGAAAAUGUAAACAGAACACCAUGUCGCACACAUGUCUGAUCCCAUCUCCACUUGUCAUCAUGGUCAUGAACAUAAGGUCUAAAGAACAGAACACAUGCCAACACUUUCAUCCCCAUGCGUAGUCAGAAACGAUCAAGAUAUGAUCAAGAUAUGAGACUGAAAAGAGCUUAUGAAUGCUACAAGAAUGUUCAUUAGGACAGAGAGGAUGAACACAAGAAAACCGUAUUAGUAAGCAUGAAACAAUGCUAAAUGCUACGGUCUCAUUUAGAAAGAGGAGCCUAUCCGGGCUUACGGGUAGUUUACGUGACACCGUGGGGUGGCUAACGUACUAUUUUCGGAGCCCGGCCGGGGCUACAUCCCCUUCAGGCACCGAUGCAAAUUGGACGAUAACAUCACAGGAGACAACGUUGGCAAUCUGCCUCUUCAUUCAAACACUGUCUAUGAAAACGCCUGCUCAUCUUCUGAUACCCUUUAGAGAUCACCACUCUUAUGUACAACAAGCCACGUAUAAGGAGCUUUUCCACACCGAAACAUCACCGGGGAAACAAAAUGGCGGACUCAGUUGCAGAGGAUGCCGGGAAAGAGAGCCUCGAUAUCGACAGGUUGCCUUUUUUAUGUCAUCGAUUUAGCAUACAAACUUAUUAAUGCGUUCUUCAAACAAUGUCAGCAUUGUCUGAGAAUUCACAUACUUGGUAGAUUUUAUUGGUAGUCCGUGUUGUUGAUUCAACUUUUUUCACGCUUAUUCAACUUUGAACAAUCACAGGAUUGAGUGCAAUAGGAGUUGUUAAACUUAAAGAAACAAAUAGCCGAAUGAGCAGACUUGAAUGCACUGAUUGGCGUUGUUUUAGUGCAUGCAUAGUGAGUGGAAAAAUCUGUCCAGUACUCUUCUUAAACCAAAGAGAAACAUAUCAUUUUCUCUGAUAGAGAGGUGUUGAGAAGGUAACGCUAGUUUACCUUUGUCUGUGGGGUAACCUAUAUCCGUUGAAUUUAAAAACUAGUGAGAGAUAUGCACUCGACUGGCGGUGGUUUCAAAUAGCAAUAUUUUCAAAAUAUUACAGUUUGAAACCACUGUCCGUCGAGUUGAUAUCCUUAAGAAUACAACGGAUAUAUGUUACCUCAUGGAUAAAGGUGAACUAGCGUUAGAGAAAAUGAUAAAAAGUUUAUUUGUUUGAUGUAAAUACAUUGUUAAUUUAUUAUUAUUCCUCAUAGACGUCGUUCAUAAAUGUUACGUGGACAUUUUUUUGUCUUUAAUAUUAUUUAUUGAAAUAUGAGAAUGUAAAUGUGACGAUAUUUUGUCAGUACUUUGUAACUGAGUCACUGCCUGACUUAACCAUAUUGACUGUACUGCCACGAUCUUAAUUUAUUGUUAACAAGGAAUAUUCUGUACAUAAUUGGUGUUGGUUAGCAGUAGUGUCGAAAGAUAAAAUUCCCAAAGGGACAGGAGUUGUCAAACAAUGAUGUACAUAUUUGGUGAUUUUGAAUAAAAGUGCACUGAUUUUGCUCACAAG